GGGAGUGAGUCGAGGUCGAAGCAAUGGGAAUGUAGUACUGGCUUGGAAGACCCUGGUGCGAGCGAAAGGUUGUCCGGCCAAUUUUGCAGUUUCCCCUCGUCCCCGCUGCUUGGAAAUCGCCAUUUAGAGCGACUCACGUCAAAAGGUGUUAUCGCCUUUGGCUACCUCAGCUCAUCAACAUCAUGUGUAUUGUUCUUCUCCGAGGAAGACAGGUGGCCUACAGAAGCAGUGGGUAGUGUCAAGGGUUCACGUUGUGGCGGUUUUUCCAAAAGUGGGUGUCUCAAACUCAGACACACCUCUGAUGACUUUGGCUAGUCUGAGCCCAUGGUGUCUGCUGGCUCGGAUAAAUGAGCGGCCUGGCCAAAGAGCGCAGUGUUGCAACACAUAAACCUGCCCACACAGGAUGUCGUGGGCCAGAGGCUUCUUGGUAUCCAGAGUGGACGAGCGUAAGACGGCGUGGGGGGAACGCAAUGGCAAGAACAGGAAGGGCAGUUCAUCUCUGUGCAACCCACGCUACAUGAGCUGCCUGCGGGACCCUGAGGAUUUGGAGCCCCCUCACGCUGCCCCCCAACAUUACCACUGUGGAGCGGGCACCAGUGGGGGUAGCUUUGGCAUGCGUUGCGGCUGGCAGGAGGACCACUAUGGGAAGAGGACAGGAGGCGGGGACCUGGGCCUGAAGGCCGUGAACCUGGGCUUUGAGGAUGGGGAGCUGAAGGGUAGGAAAGAGGAGGACCUCGGUGAAUUGGGGGAGGACGUGACAGAACGCUGUAAAACGCUGACUGCUGCGGACUGCUGGAUGCGGGUGGUGUGGGUUUUCCGCUCCAAGAAGUUCCAGUCUGCCAAGCUGGAGCGUCUGUACCAGCGCUACUUCUUCAGGCUCAACCAGAGCUCCUUGACCAUGCUGAUGGGGGUGCUGGUGGUGGUGUGUGGGGUCAUGCUCGCCUUCCACUGCGUCCACCCCAACCCCGAUGUGGCCUAUGCUUCGGUGCUUUCUGUGGCCAUGGCUCUCUUCCUAGCCGUGAUGGUGGUCUGUAACCGCAAUGGCUUCCACCAGGACUACAUGUGGAUUGUCAGCUACCUGGUGAUAGGGGUGCUGAUCGUAGUGCAGGUGUUUGGCGUGCUCAUGGUGGAGCCCCGCAGUGCCUCAGAGGGCAUCUGGUGGACUGUCUUUUUCAUUUACAUCAUCUACACGCUGCUGCCCGUCAGGAUGAGAGCUGCGGUGCUGAGCGGAGUGGCGCUGUCCACCAUACAUGUCGUAACCUCUUGGCAACUCAACCAACAAGACAAGUUCAUCUUCAAGCAGAUCGGUGCCAAUGUGCUGAUAUUUUUGUGCACUAACAUGAUUGGGAUCUGUACCCACUACCCUGCUGAGGUGUCCCAGAGACAGGCCUUCCAAGAGACCAGAGGAUACAUUCAAGCCAGACUGCACCUGCAGAGGGAGAACCAACAGCAGGAACGCCUACUGCUGUCGGUGCUGCCGAGGCAUGUUGCCAUGGAGAUGAAGGAAGAUAUCAAUGCCAAGAAGGAAGAUAUGAUGUUCCACAAGAUCUAUAUCCAGAAGCACGACAACGUCAGCAUACUGUUUGCAGACAUUGAAGGCUUCACCAGCCUGGCAUCUCAGUGCACGGCCCAGGAGCUGGUCAUGACACUGAACGAGUUGUUCGCCCGCUUCGACAAGCUGGCCUCGGAGAACCACUGCCUGCGUAUUAAGAUCUUAGGGGACUGUUAUUACUGCGUAUCAGGGCUCCCUGAACCUCGAGCUGACCAUGCCCACUGCUGUGUGGAGAUGGGAGUGGACAUGAUUGAGGCCAUCUCGCUGGUGAGAGAGGUGACGGGUGUCAAUGUCAACAUGCGGGUGGGCAUCCACAGUGGGCGUGUCCACUGUGGUGUGCUGGGCCUGCGCAAAUGGCAGUUUGAUGUCUGGUCUAAUGAUGUGACACUAGCCAACCAGAUGGAGGCAGGGGGAAAGGCAGGGCGUAUCCAUAUCACCAAAGCCACUCUGCAGUAUCUGAAUGGGGACUAUGAGGUGGAGCCUGGUUCUGGUGGGGACAGGAAUGCUUACCUGAAGGAUAACAACAUUGAAACAUUUUUGGUGUUGGGCUGCAGCCAGAAAAGGAAAGAGGAGAAAGCCAUGAUGGCCAAGAUGCAGCGGGCACGGGCCAAUUCUGCUGAGGGUCUGAUGCCACGCUGGGUGCCUGACAGAUCCUUCUCCAGAACCAAGGAGUCCAAAGUCUUCAGGCAGAUGGGCAUUGAUGAAGUGUCCAGCAAAGACAACCGCUGUGCUCAAGAAGCCCUUAACCCUGAGGAUGAGGUUGAUGAAUUUCUUGGACGUGCCAUCGAUGCACGCAGCAUUGACCAGCUGAGGAAAGACCACGUCAAGAAGUUCCUGCUCACUUUCCAGACCUCCGACCUAGAGAAAAAGUACUCCAGAAAGGUGGAUGACCGUUUUGGGGGCUAUGUGGCCUGUACACUCCUUGUUUUCUGUUUCAUCUGUUUCAUUCAGAUCAUCAUCUUCCCACACUCGGCCGUCAUGCUUGGCCUUUACAUCAGUAUCUUCAUCAUCCUGACCAACAUCCUCUUCGUCUGUGCCAUCUACUCCUGCAUCAAACUCUUCCCAGCUGCCUUGCAGACUGUGACCAAAAAAAUAGUCCAGUCUCGCACCAACAGUACUCUGGUGGGAGUCCUCACCGUCCUCCUCCUCUUUCUUGCUGCCUUCAUCAACAUGUUUACCUGCGACAAAGAUAGCCUGCAAAAAUGUGUGCCAACAGAGCUGAAAACCCCUGUGAAUCUCUGUCUGCUGCACAACCUGACCCAGGCAGCAGAGGACGGUUUGACCCUGUGUCCCAGCCAGGCCAUGCCCUGCCAUUUUCCUGAGUAUUUCAACUACAGUGUACUGCUGACCCUGUUGGCCUGCUCCGUGUUCCUCCACAUCAGCAGCAUAGGGAAGCUGGCUCUUAUGCUGUUCAUCCAGCUCAUAUUUCUCCUGCUCGUGGAGUGGCCUCAGGUGGUCCUCUUCGAGAAUGCAGACCUGCUGGUCACAGCAAACAGCCUGUCAUUAUUGCCUUCCAAUGACUCCCUUCAGCGAUCUAUUAGAUUCAAUGAAACAACAGAGCAGUGCCUGAUACACAUGACCAAGGUGCCCCUAAAGGUCAUGAUCCCUGUUAUCCUCACCGUGUUUGUCUUGGCUCUCUACCUGCACGCCCAGCAGGUGGAGUCCACCGCACGCCUUGACUUCCUCUGGAAGCUGCAGGCCACAGAGGAGAAGGAGGAGAUGGAGGAGCUGCAGGCCUACAAUCGCCGGCUGCUCCACAACAUCCUGCCCAAGGACGUGGCCGCCCACUUCCUGCAGAGGGAGCGGCGUAACGACGAACUCUACUACCAGUCCUGCGAGUGCGUGGCCGUCAUGUUCGCCUCUAUCAGUAACUUCUCCGAGUUCUAUGUGGAGCUGGAGGCCAACAAUGAGGGGGUGGAGUGUCUCCGCCUGCUCAACGAGAUCAUUGCCGACUUCGACGAGAUCAUUAGUGAGGAGCGGUUCCGUCAGCUUGAGAAGAUCAAGACCAUUGGCUCCACAUACAUGGCAGCGUCUGGACUCAAUGACUCCACCUAUGACAGGGAGGGCCGCUCCCACAUCCUGGCCCUGGCCGACUACGCCAUGAGGCUUAGGGAGCAGAUGAAGUACAUCAAUGAGCACUCCUUCAACAACUUCCAGAUGAAGAUCGGUUUGAACAUGGGACCUGUUGUAGCCGGAGUGAUCGGGGCUAGGAAACCCCAGUACGACAUUUGGGGGAACACGGUCAACGUGGCCAGCAGGAUGGACAGUACAGGAGUACCAGAUUACAUCCAGGUGACCACAGACCUGUACCAUGUGUUGGUCAACAGAGGUUACCAGCUGGAUUGUCGAGGCGUCGUCAAGGUGAAGGGGAAAGGGGAGAUGACCACUUACUUCCUUACAAGCGGUCCCCAGGGCAGUUAACGACAGACCAGCUGAACCACAUGGUGACCCCCGCUGCACUGACGAGGAGGAGACCUGGGAGUGACCGAGUGGGCCGCUCAGCAACGAGUACUAAAGCGUGGUGUGGAUGCACUGGAGCCCGAUGACGGCCGACCACGGUCUGUGUGUGCUCACGUCCUCAGAAUCACACAAGUAGGAAGCUAGUUCUCAUAUGAAGGUUUUUUUUUUUUUUCUUGUUUUGUUUUUUGUUUUUCUUUUCUUUUCACGAGCUGCUGGAGAGAUCAUGAAGACCACUUGCCUUAGAUAGAAGGGACGGGCUGUGUUUUUGUUUGUGAGCCACGGUACAAGUACUUCACCAGGAGUCAUUAUUUAUUUUUGUGCGGAUGGAUUUUUGUGAUGACCUUGUAAAAAUAAACUGAGACAAAACCACAUUACGUAAAAGAAAAUAUGCAAGGAUAACAUGAAGGAUAUAAAUGACCAAAGAACAAAUGAUUGAUAUGAAACUACACUACUACACGUCACUUACAUGUAUGGCAUGACACGCCGUUACAUGUCUAGCGAUUCGGUUUGAGAAGUUUUUGCCAAACUGAAGUUGAAAUCUUGAGUUAUUUAUUAUUCAUUGAUUUUUUUUUCACUUUUGACAACAAAAGGCCACGGUAACGUCACUGUCAUUGACAUGGGCGAGUUUGCUCGUUUUGUUUUGGACUUAACGCAUCCAUGAAGGAGAAUACAAGCACAUGUCUGUGCGCACACACACACACACACACACACACACGAACACAUACAAUAGCCUUGGCUCGUAUUGCUGUGUUCUCAUCAGGGCCUCCACCGUCUCGGUCAGAGGGUGACUGGCCACAGCCUGGACAAAAAGCUUUGUAUGGUUACCUGACCAUGUGUAACUUAUUACCUGAUCUCUGUAAAUGUAUUUUUGGUACAAGCCAAAACAAAAAUGAUGAGCGGAAGGAGAAACAGUUGCAUUAGUACCACGGUACUGGAGAGAGAUUGUUUUAAUUGUUAUGGCGUUUUAUAUAACUGUCUGCGUGUGCAUUUGUUGCGUGCUUGUGUGUGCGUAUGCGUGCAAUGCGGGUGUGUGCGUGCGCGUGUGCGAGAGAGUAUACAUAACUGAAUGCUGUUCUUUAUCUUUAAAAGGGGCAUAACUUUUCACUGUGAGGUUUUUAUGAUACUCUAUGACAAAUGCUUUCUUGCCAAAUCGGUUGCUGCAAGGCAUGUUUUAUAUUAUACUCUUUAGUUGUGCGUCCAUUCCUGAUUUGUCCAUUUAUUUGAAUAGAAUUAUAUCUACUCCACCUUUUAUUGGACUGUGAUUCUAAGUCAUUUCAUUCCAGGAUAAAUAACUUGGAUAAAAGCCAGACAUAUUUAAUUUGGAUUGUGUUGCAAUGUGUCAGCAGCAACUGGAUAUCCUGACAAUAGAACUUUACUAUGGCUUGGGAAUAAACUGUAUAGGGAUUAUUUUACCGUUCACAAGCAUUGCCUUGAGAUUGUGCAGUUCGAAGGUCCCGUUCUUAAUGCACUACAGACAGCAGCCACACAUAACAGUAUUUAAUAGUAUCUGAGAGCAUUUGGCACAUGAAGGCUUGUUACUCCCCUCCCAAAAUACUCUUUUGAAUGAAUGUAUGAAAAUAGAAAAUCUCUUUGUCUUCACCACUACUGAAUGAGACCACUAAUCAUGUUACCAGUGGCACUGAGGAAGGGACUGAAUAACUUUACUAUAUGAAGUAAAAGAUCAAAUAGUGAUUUUGCUCUUGCUAGAAGUGGAGGUGUGUUUUACAUUUCAGUGACCUUCACCAGACUUUCACUGCUCUGAAGAAAAGAGGGAGCAUGGCGUUACUAUGUCCCCCCUCUGCCUGCCUUCCUUCUCGAUGUGGGCAAACGUCCCCUCGCACACAGGAGAGCCCUGAUUUUAUUUGUCUCUUACAAAGUUACACAAAAUACCGUUGCAUUCUUCGUUAGAACGGACCACUGCAGAAUUUAAGAAAUAGUGCUCUGAUUGUUUUGAUUAAUGUCCCCUUGGAUAAGAAAUCAAUAAAUGGCUAUUUUGCAUCCA